AUGUCCGUCCCCUCCCCCUCCCCACCCCGCACCAACCGCCCGCCCCAUCUGCACCGCCCCUCCACAAAAACCCUAGCUCUGCUUGCGGCGGGCGGUAGCGACUGCGCGCGACGUGGAGGAGGCACCCCCACCCGCCUAACUGAACUAUCAUUUCCACUCAGUUGUGCUAAUCCAGCAUUUUCAGUACAAGAAGGAUCUCCUCCUGAUGACCCAAAAUCUAGGGUGCUGCUCGCUUUAAGGGCUGUGAUAAAGUGUAUCGAAGAGUAUAAGCUUCAGAAGGAGUAUUCACUUGGACCUCUCCAAAAGCGUGUUUCUGAGCUAAAUCCCAAGGAUGCAGACUACAGGGUCUUCCUGAUGAGCUUAAAAGCUGGAGGAGUCGCGCUGAAUCUCACUGUAGCAUCUCAUGUGUUCCUGAUGGACCCUUGGUGGAAUCCAGCGGUCGAGAACCAAGCGCAGGACCGUAUCCACCGAAUUGGGCAGUUCAAGACAAUCAAGAGCACUAGGUUUGUGAUAAAGGGCACGGUUGAAGAGCGCAUAUUGCAACUGCAACAGAAGAAGCAGCUGGUGUUUGAAGGCACCGUGGGGGACUCGCCGGAUGCCAUGUCGAAGCUUACAGAGGCGGACCUCAAGUUUCUGUUCUAGAUCUAAAUGCUGACGUAGUUAAGCAUGAGUAGGGAGGGCAGGCUAUGCUAGGACUAGGAGCACUGACUUGUUGGAAGUUGGAACCCUGACGCUGCCGCUGCCAUAUCACCAGUACGGACGGGGUCGGCGGUGCGUAGAUCGACUGCUGAUGUGCUUGUUAGAACUGAUGUACCAAUUCUUUUAAUAAAAAACAGAUAAACUUGUGGCAAGCGUCAUUGCGUCAGGAAGUUGACCUCCUGAAGUUAUUUGAUAUUGUAUACUGAUAAGUGAUAAACUAGAUUAUGUAGU